AUGGGUCUCCGUCGCAUGCCUAGGGUCUACCUCAUUCGCCAUGGCGAGACCGAGUGGUCCCUCAAUGGUGAGCUUGCCGUUACUGGUACCACCGACAUUCCCCUCACCGCCAACGGCGAGCGUAUGGUCGGCGAGAUGGGCCCGCGCAUGGUCGGCCAGGACAAGCUGAUCCACCCGGAGCAAGUCCGCCACAUCUUUGUCUCCCCUCGCCAGCGUGCUCAGCGUACCGCGCAGCUCAUGUUCGCCGAGAACCCCCUCCCCAACUGCGUUGUCACCACCGACCCCGAGGUCGCCGAGUGGGACUAUGGCAAGUACGAGGGCAUGUUGACAAAGGACAUUCGCAAGGAGAAGCCCAACUGGGAUAUCUGGACCGAUGGCUGCCCUCCCGGCGAGACCCCCGGUGAGAGCCCCGAGCAGAUGACCGCUCGCGUCGACCACGUCAUUGCGCGUAUCCGCGAGAUCCACGCCCAGGCCACUGCCGAGUCCAACUCGCCCGAAAAGGUCGAGCACUCGGACGUCAUCAUCUUCAGUCACGGCCACUUCACCCGCUCGUUCAUUGCCCGCUGGUGCGACCUGCCCAUCACGGCUGGCUACCACUUUGCCGCCGAUGCCGGAGGUCUCGCGGUCCUCGGCUAUCAGCACAGCUCGCUCAAGGAGCCCUCUCUCCUCGGUCUUAACUGGUACACGGAGGAACAGAUCCGGGGCAAGUAA